CGUUGCACGUGCGCAGUGUGGAAGUUAGUCAGCAGAUAAAGAGUUUUAUGCCGGGCUAUUGUACAUUUCUAUAGGAAAAAAACCAUGGCUCAUCAGUAAGUUAGCGGUUUUAACUCGUGAAAUAGUCUCUUGAAUUUUCCAAGAUAAUUAUUCCGCAGUUUUUGGAUCAGUCUCUCAGGCGUUGUAUGCCACAGUCGCGAAAACUGUGUGUCGCAAAUUACGUGAUUACACCAGGAUAAUCGAAGCUCAAAAAUUUUUUUAACUUUUCCCUUUGAAAAGUUGUAUAUUGCGCUAAGUUGUGUUGUGACUUAGAAAUUCUUGUGUCUAUCAAUUAAUUUUUACAAACCUACCUUGUUGAUGUUUUCUGUACGUUUGAAGAUCAUACUUGUAUAUUUUUGCGUGUUAACUUUGUCCUUUUUAACUUCCUCCUAUUUUUUUGUGAUAGGGACGAACUCGCGACGGCUAUUUUAAAGAACAAGUCGAAGCCUAACCGUUUAUUGGUGGAAGAAGCUAUUAAUGAUGACAAUUCAGUUGUAUCUAUGUCUCAGGUUUGUGUGAAAAAAAGAUGCUUUGAUUUUAUCGUGCGUGGUGCUAAAUCAUCAUCCCUCUUCGAACCCGAUCUGUUUUAAUUCACUUUCAUUUUCGGUUUUUCUUUCGUAGGCAAAAAUGGAAGAGCUGCAGCUCUUUCGUGGAGAUACAGUCCUGAUAAAAGGAAAGAAGAGACGGGAUACUGUGAGUUUUUAGAUGGAAUGAUUCAGCAAUUUUUUGAUAAACAAUCAUUUGUCUGCUACACCCAACCAUGUGAUGAUGCUGUUAGAAUUGAGAAGUUGUAUUUCACUGUUUUAAUUUUUUUUGUGUGUGAAAUUUUACUUGUUUUUUAUUAGUAUGCUAAGGUACAGAAAAGAGAUCUUACUAAUAAUAGAUGCAUCUGGAAACUGUUUGCCAUCAUUUUUACUGGUUUUGGGUUUGUGUCAGGCUCUCAUUGGUGGAAAGAUGAUGUAAUCCUUUUUUUUUGCCUUUAAGUUUCUGUUGUAUUGACUUAAGUAAAGGAGCCUCAAUGGACACAAAUAAAUAUUCUGUAUAGUUUAAGGUUUGCAAAGGCAUUUUUGAAAGAAACCUGAUACAUCCAUUUUCUUUUCUUAGUUUGGGAAUAGUGUUCUUUGCUCUUUGAAUCAAGUGCAGCAAAAGUACAGCUAAUUUAAUUUGGCCUUUCAAUCAAAAUCAUUCUAUCAUUAAAUAUGACAUCUGUCUUGUUCUUGAUAAAGCUUUGGAUUUGAGUUUUUUUUCCCCACUCUAGGUUCUAGUGUAGUUUAAAUUAAUUUAUAUCUUGUUUUUCAACAGGUAUGUAUUGUGCUGUCAGAUGAUACUAUCUCUGAUGACAAGAUAAGGAUGAAUCGUGUUGUAAGGAGGAAUCUGCGAGUGAGGCUUGGUGAUAUAGUCAGGUAUAUUCACAUGAUUUGACUUGUAAGGUGAAUGUGUAUUACUUUCCACUGUUGGCGUAGUUGUAGCUUUGAAAUUAGGUUGCCAGCUGAAAUUUCAAUUAAGGCACCUUCAAGAUGGUGCCUCAAAGGAGGUACUUUAUGCCUUCCACUGAUGGUUGAAGAGGGAAGCUUGUAACAAGAGAUCUGAUCUGGCAAAAACAUUUCAUUUGGAUUGUUUACAACUAUUUGAAUGCAGGGCUUUUAAGAUUUGGUGUUUAGCAACAACCCUGUGUUGGUCUUAAUCAAGAGUCCUAAAUAACAUAGAGAUUGUUAAGAGGGAAACAUAGUUAUGGUUUUUUGUUACUUAACUGCUACAAUGGCAUUUUACAGGUCUUAAGUUAGUAGUUAUUUAAUAUAUCUGCCUCAUUUGUAGUGUACAAGCAUGUCCUGAUGUCAAAUAUGGCAAACGAAUUCAUGUCCUGCCAUUUGAUGACACAGUGGAAGGCCUAACUGGGUUUGUAGAAUGUUUAAUCUCUUUAGUAGUUGGUCACUAAGGAAGUGUAAGGUAUUCCAUAAAAAUCAAUAUCUUCAGUGAAAUUUUGGUCUGUACUAGAAGUUUGUCUAUCUUUAUACCAGUACUCCUAAAUUUAAAGGCAAGAGACAAGAGUGUCUGUGUAAAAGUGCUACUAAAGCUUUUCAAUACCGCUAAAUAUUGGCUUAUAUUAGGAAACCUAUUUUUUUGGCAGGAACCUGUUUGAUGUGUUCUUAAAGCCAUACUUUUUGGAAGCAUACAGACCUAUCAGGAAAGGUUUGUGUAAUCUUGUGUUGUAAUAAUUUUGACUUUUAUUUUUUACAAUAUUUAGGCAAAUCAUUACCAACAUCUUUCAGUCAACAUUUCCCUAAUUUUGGAAGAAGCUAAAAAAUCAUUAAUGUAGAUACCCUGCCAGCUACUGGCCAUCUACUAUAGCUUCUUACUUCCAUCUGUUUUCCUUAUGUACUUUAAGCCCUUCUUUUGCAAUACUACAUUUACAUAUUUGUCCUCUUAAGAAAGUACAUGUAAAGAAAUGUUAGGAAAAAACUAGACUAAAAAAGUCUUUCUUUAUUGGUUACUCACACCUGGUACAAACUGGGACAGACACUAGGUUUGAUAAAGAGCAUUGGUAAUUUUCUUCAUGGUUAAUAAUUUUUGUGUACAGAGGACAUGUUUCUUGUACGUGGUGGAAUGAGAGCUGUUGAAUUCAAGGUCAUAGAGACUGAUCCAAGUCCAUACUGCAUUGUAGCACCAGAUACAGUAAUUCAUUGUGAAGGAGAGCCAGUUAAGAGAGAGGUCAGUCACUGUUCUUUAUACAAUGAAAAUUUGUGUUUUGGAUUGCAGCUUGUAUGAUUCACAUGUAUGUUGCAUGCUUUUUGUGUAGGAAGAGGAGGAGUCUCUAAAUGAAGUUGGUUAUGAUGACAUUGGAGGCUGUAGGAAACAGUUGGCCCAAAUAAAGGAGGUUUGUUCUUUUGUUGUGUGCUUAUUAAAGUGGUAAAUUGACUGGUUUAUUCUUAAUGUAUACAUUUCUCUAAUAGAUGGUGGAGUUACCUCUCAGACAUCCCCAGUUGUUUCGGGCCAUUGGUGUGAAGGUAAGUUUUUAUUUGAAAUGAGACAUAAUAUCAAUUGUAAUGUGUUGAAACAAUUGACAAUUUUGUCAUAUCUUUGCAGCCUCCCCGUGGUAUUCUUCUCUAUGGUCCUCCAGGAACUGGAAAAACUUUGAUGGCAAGGUUUGUGUUGUUUCAUAAACAAUAAUUUGUGUUGUGGAAAAAUGAUGAUAGUAUGUCUGUUACCAAACAGCAUAAAAUUAUUUUGAGUGGAACUUAUUUUGCUUUGUCCUGUUCCUUUUUUUAACAGAGCUGUUGCAAAUGAGACAGGAGCAUUUUUCUUCUUGAUCAAUGGUAAGAUUAUGCACAAACUUUUCAAAACCACUAUAUGGUUUAUUUCCUCUUAUGAAUAUUCUGAAACAAAGGGAUGUCAAAAUCAAACUGAUCGAAAAAAAAUUAAAACAAUGGAAAGUAGCCUUAAAAGAUAGUAAAUUGUUAGCAUUCAAGAAAUGUUUUUUCUUUCAACAAUUACAAUCUGAUUUGAAGAGCAUGAUGAAGACAUUUUUGGUUGUUUCUUUUCUUACAAUAGGUCCUGAGAUAAUGAGUAAACUUGCUGGUGAAUCUGAAAGCAAUCUCAGGAAAGGUUGGUAAAAUACCUUUUGAACUUUCCCAUCAGUUUUUUAACAUUUUCAAAAAAGUUAUUCCUUGAUGUGCAAAGAGGCUCAUCUUUUCUUGUUUGUGUUAAUACAGCUUUUGAAGAGGCAGAAAAAAAUUCCCCAGCAAUCAUAUUCAUUGAUGAAAUUGAUGCGAUUGCUCCUAAGAGAGAUAAGGUAACUAAAGAUUACUGAUUGGUGUGUACAGUUGGCAGACUCAAGGCCAAUAAAUGUUAGAAGCAUAUCUGUAAGGCAGUGAUAACAAUUUUAUGGGCAAAUUAUGUUUAUUGGGAAGCCAUAGGUAUUAUUCUGCAUCCAAAUUUUUUAAAUAAAGAGAUCUUACUUGACCCUUUAACUCCCAUGUGUGACCAGGACAGAAUUCCUCCUUACAAUAUCAAUACAAUAUCAAGCAGACAACUGAUGAGAAUGAAUAAAAAUAUUAAUUAGGGAGUUAUUAGUUGAUACAGUACCAAAUUCUCAAAACUAACAUCAGAAGAAUAUAUGGCAGACAUUAAGGAGAAUUACUAAUUAGAUCUUGGGAGUUAAAGGGUUAAAAUGACUACUAUUAACAUUCAGCUGUCUAUUUCUGAUUGUUGCAGACACAUGGAGAAGUAGAGCGGCGAAUUGUGUCCCAACUGUUGACUCUGAUGGAUGGUUUAAAGCAGAGGUCCCAUGUUAUCGUUAUGGCAGCAACUAACAGACCAAACAGUGUUGACCCAGCUCUGCGAAGAUUUGGUGAGAUUAAUAAUGAAUUUACUCAGACCUUUUGGUAUAUUCAGCUUUUAUUAAUAUUGAAUACACUGUUUCCUACUUCAAGGCCGUUUUGAUAGGGAGGUGGACAUUGGCAUACCAGAUGCUACAGGCCGUUUAGAGAUUUUACGUAUUCAUACAAAGAACAUGAAACUUGGAGAUGAUGUUGAUCUUGAGCAGGUGGAGUGUUAAGUCUUUGGUCAACUGUUGUUUGUUUGGUGUUCUCUCCUUAAGCACCACCAUUUGACUGUAUGCUUUAUGCAAUUUGAUUUCCUUGUAGAUUGCAGCUGAAACUCAUGGUUAUGUUGGUUCAGAUGUGGCCUCUCUCUGUUCAGAAGCUGCUCUUCAACAGGUUUAGUGGCAUUAAUUUGUAGAGUUACACUCAACUUCUCACUGAUGUCUUGUUGACAACACUUGUUUCAUUUUUUUGAUUCUACAGAUUCGUGAAAAAAUGGAUUUAAUUGACUUGGAAGAUGAACAAAUUGAUGCAGAGGUGCUGGACUCUCUCGCUGUUUCCAUGGAUAAUUUCAGGGUGAGUAUUAGUAGGACCUGAUGUAUCCAAAGCACAAUCUCCUGCCAGAUAUAAAAUAUGUUUGUGCAGGUUCACAGCUUUGGAAAAUUAAUUUGCUGGUCUGUUUUAAAUUGGGUUCUUCCUAUUCAUGUUCCCUUAAUUAACAGUUGGCAGAUAUUGUUGUACAUUUAAUGCAAAAAACACAAGCAAUAUGUAAUAAACCUUUAAGCUUCUUUGGAAAGUUUUAUCUAUUCAGGUUGUGGCCACAACCCCUUUCACAUUAAUGAUAACGAUUUCCAUUGUCAAAGUGUUCCAGUCAUAAACCUGGAUGUAUUUCAUUAUUACAAAAGAAACUAAAGCGAGUUUAAUUUUUUGUUGGGUCAGUAUGCCAUGGGUGUAUCUAACCCAUCAGCUCUCCGUGAGACUGUGGUUGAGGUGCCUACAACUACAUGGGACGAUAUUGGUGGUUUAGACACUGUCAAACGUGAACUACAGGAGCUUGUACAGUACCCAGUGGAACACCCAGAUAAGUUCCUUAAGUUUGGAAUGACACCUUCCAAAGGAGUACUGUUCUAUGGUCCACCAGGUUGUGGUAAGACCCUAUUGGCUAAAGCCAUUGCAAAUGAAUGCCAAGCAAACUUCAUUUCAAUCAAAGGUCCAGAGCUUCUUACUAUGUGGUUUGGUGAGUCCGAGGCCAAUGUGCGAGAUGUAUUUGACAAGGUUGGUAUUUCAAAGAAACACUCAAAUUGCAUAUUCUGCACCUAAAGGUAUUGCUCUGUAACAUUUUAGAGAAUUCUCUGACCACCAUGCAGAAUUUGCUACAGUCGAACCUCGAUUGUCUGGACUCGUCGGGACCUCGGUAACUAGUCCGGAUAAUUGAGAGUCUGGAUAAUCAAAAAUAUGAAUAUUAAUGAGAUAGAAAUGUGAAAUAAUUAUCUGCUUAUCUUUAAUCAAUAGAACGGCUCGAUUUCGCUUCGUAGGCAUGUUUUUUAUUUGAGUUUACGAUCGAUUGCUCGUGUGUUUACAUAACCCAUGCGGAAGGAACUAAUCAAGCAUGAAAUUCCCUUGGCAACAAAACAAUUGAGCCAAUCAGAUAUCAGCUGAACACAUCGGAAUAUUUCUUUGUCUCAUUGCACUUACAAAUUUUGAAAAGCGCAUAGGAUAAUAUGCUGUUUCCAUAGUCUUUUGAAAGAAUUAUUGGGCUUUUUGCGACUUUGAGUGUUCAAGAUCACAGCUAAUUAAUAUUCAUGAAGAAAUUGGGACCAGAGAAAAGAGUCCGGAUAAUCGAAUAGUCCGGAUAAUCGAGGUUGCACUGUACCAAAUUUUCAUGUCUUUAGCUAUAGCUAUAGUAUUAUGCAGAUGUAGAGCCAUUACAGAAUAUAUUCUCCUAUUAUUUUACAUUUGUCUCCUCCAACUGAUGUAUCUGUCUGUGCUUUAUACUUGUUUGCUGGAAAAAUUAUUGCAAGGAGAAGUGAUAUGUUGACAGUCUUGCUGAGGCUUAGAGGUUUAAGAUUUAAUUUCUUGUUCUUAUUUUUUAAUUUAUUCAGGCCCGGAGUGCUGCUCCUUGUGUGCUUUUCUUUGAUGAAUUAGAUUCCAUUGCUAAAGCAAGGGGAGGCAAUGUUGGAGAUGGAGGUUAGUUUGGUUUUCUCCAGGUCCACACCUGUCCCCAUUUGUUUAAAAGGGGAUUUGUGCUGUCCUCUGGAUAGUCGUUAUUUGAGUAGAUAGUGCAGUUCAGUUUGUUAACGUGUUUCCAUUGUAUAAGGAUUUAUUUGUUGGAACAUCUGGCCCCAGAACAUCAUCAGGUUUUUCUAAGUGAUUUGUCUGUUGUAUCUAUAAAUACUUACAGGUUAAUGCACUCAGGGAGUGAAUUAUCGGGAUUUACCUUCACAAGUUCACUACUAAUGAAUGAGACAUUUCAAUACAGCAUGAGGCUUUGCAGAGUGCAGUAUUGAAAAUUUCAAGUUCAUUGUUUGUGAACAAGUACAGGUAAAUCCUGAUAAUUCACAAGCAAUGAGUACAUUAACAUCUUUAUUAUUCAAAUUGAAUACACUGCACAAAGAAACACUGCAUUGAAACCACUAUAUACUAAGUAAACCAGACAAAAUAUUUAAUUUUAAUUUAAUAUGUUUCAAAGUUGAUAAAAAAUUAAUCAUAUGUUUUAUAAAAUAUAUUCGAAAUUACAUGAACAUGGUAAGAGAAUCAGGGUCUACAUCUGACAAAUUGUCAAACUUUGAGUCAGCCAAAACCAUGGUGUAAUGACAGUGGUGUGUUAAAUUUACACCAUGGCUAUUACACUGUGAUAAUGAUGUCAAAGAGGUUGUUUUUUCACAACCCUGUAUCACGUGGUACAAAUCAACCAAUCAGAAAAUCAGAAUUCAUACAGUGUAUGAAAGUUUAAUUAUGAUAAGGGGAUAUUCAGUACUUUUAAUGCUUCCUUACCCUUUCUCAUUCAACAUAUCAAAGAAAAGUGAUAUAAGUUAUAAAUAAAUUACGAUGUCCUUUGGUGACUGGCUUCUAAUUUUGUGCUUAGGAGGAGCAGCAGAUCGUGUGAUCAACCAGGUACUAACUGAAAUGGAUGGCAUGAAUGUCAAGAAGAAUGUCUUCAUUAUUGGAGCAACCAACAGGUGCUUGUCUUGUUUUGUUCUCUGUUCUUAGAUAUUAACACCAUUUAUCAACUAGCAAUUAUUAUAUGAAUUUAGAGGCUAGAGGAAAUACACUGUUUCUUUAAUUAUCACUUGAAAUUCAAAUUUGUCUUCAUGGUCAAUGACAGAGGAGAACUCUAAUCAAUAGUAUGAUAUACUUCAGCCACAAAUGUAGAGUGAGAAUUAAAACUUGGGAUGCUUGUGGGAAAGAUGGUAGUCUACCUUGAUAUAGAAUUUGGGGGAUCUUCAAUCUUAUGAUCAAUGACAGAUUGAAUUGUUUUUGGUACAUAUGCAUUGUUUGGUCCAUUUUCUUGUAUUCUACAGGCCAGACAUCAUUGAUCCAGCCAUACUGCGGCCAGGUCGUUUGGAUCAGCUGAUUUACAUUCCUCUUCCUGAUGAAGCAGUUAGUUGAUGAGAAAUUCUUUUUCUUUUUAAACACAUAUUAUGAGACAAGUUAUUUCCUUGUUUAUCGGUGCCACGUACAGCUGUGAUGUUACAAUUAUUGAACCAAGAAUAGUGUCAAGUGAUACAAGACAGAAAACAAAUCAUAUUUAUCAGCUUAUAUUAUUACUUUGGUCCUAAUGUAUUAGUUGGGUGCAAACCCUUUUCAGAGGGUUCCUAGGAUGCUAAUCUAUCCAAGUACAACACAGGUAAAAAUUAUCUGGCAAAAUAAUUGAAGCUCACCUUUCCACUCUCAAUUAAUUUCAGUCACGUGUCUCCAUACUCUCAGCAUGUUUGAGGAAAUCUCCAAUUGCAAAGGUCUGUUUUUUUUGCAUUUAAAUUUUUACCCUCCCAUGUACUUCGUGGAAACUCUAGAUAUUUAGUUCUAGUGUCUGCCUUUUAUCUUUGUACAUUCUUCUUUUGCAGUUUCCCAUGUCAAUUGUUAUCUGACCUACUAUAGACUAAACUAGUAAUUCUGAAUAUUAAAAUAUCAUGACAGGAUAAAUUGGUGCUCUUUUUAUUCAAAGACAAUCACAGGCUUCUAUGUCAUUCAUUCUCAAGUACAAUGCUAUAGCUCAGCUCCAUAGUUCCCUUAAUGUAUGCUAGGGUACUUUUAAUGAGCAGAAACAUCAGAUUCUGCUUAUUUUUGGUGAAUAAAAAUUACAUCAAUGAUGCUUAACUGAAGAAAGCCACCUCCCUCUUCCUAGAUAAAAACCAUAGAAAAUUUAGAAGUAUCCCCCUGUUAAAACCUUACUAACAAGGUCCAUCAUUGUCUUUAACAGGAUGUAGACUUGAAUUAUAUUGCAAAGGUUACUCAUGGCUUUAGUGGUGCAGAUUUAACAGAGAUCUGUCAAAGGGUGAGACAAAGGUUUUCAGUUGAAGUUAUGAAUUUUCACAUUACCGUACACAUUGUUUUUCAGGAUAAAUCUUUUUGAUGAGCAAUACAACUGGUGCAUUGUAACCUAAAAUUGAUGCAGUACUGAUUUCCUUAGAGAGUCAGUAAAAAAUAGAAAGUACAGGGAUAAUGGGGGGUUUUCAGUGAACAAAUUAAAAGAUAUUGUCCAUGAGCAUGGUUUGACUUCUCAGAAAUUGCCUUCUGUAACACAUAAUAGUAAUUUUAGUGUUGUUGGUAAAAUGCCUAGCUUUUCUUCAAGAUAAAGUUAGAGUCACUCUUCUAAAGUAAUUUGAACUGUCCUGGAAAAAUGCAUAUCCCAUGCACAACAUAAUUUAUAUUAUAAUUGAGCUCUUUAAAAUGAUUGCUUCUCUAGGCAUGUAAGCUAGCUGUCAGGGAGUCAAUAGAGACAGAGAUAAGGUUGGAAAGGGAGCGAGCUGACAACCCAGACUUGGACAUGGUGAGAGCUAUGUUUGUUUGGAUAUAUUUCAGUAACUUCAUGCCCCCAGCAAGUCAAUAUACUAGUGUUAUAUUUUAUACAUGGUAAGACAAACCAUUUAUUCUAGAAUUGGAUCAAACAUUGAAGUAAAGAGAAAUCUAGAGUCAUUUCCAUUUAUGCCUCCACUCAUGACAUGUAAUGAGAAAUGGAGUGAUUGGAGCAUCCAAUCAUUAAAAAAUUACUUCAGAACAAGCCCUUCUUGUUUACAUGGCAAUUGCUAACAUUAGAUGGAACUCUUUAGGAAGUGGAAGAUGAAGAUCCUGUACCAGAGAUCACAAGAGGCCAUGUUGAAGAGGCAAUGAAAUUUGCCCGCAGAUCUGUCAGUGAUAAUGAUAUUCGCAAAUAUGAGAUGUUUGCUCAAACUUUGCAGCAGAGCCGUGGAUUCGGUGGAAACUUUAGGUAAGUUUUUGCAUGGUUAAGAAAAAGUAAGAUAGAACUUGAAUGGUUGAUAAUUUAGCAAAAACUGAAAAACAUCAGCCCGAAACUUCAUGCUUGAUAAACUUGUGACGUAGUAACUCUAAUUAUCUUUUAACAUAAAAACAUAGUAAAGAAUGAGGUUGUUCAUUACUUAUUAAGUAUCUAUUUCUAUCUGCUACCAUCAUAUAAAAUACUUUUCUCUCUCUUAUAAUUUAAGUCUGUAUUUUUCACAGAUUCCCAAAUCAGUCAGGAGGUGGAUCUCAGGGGGGUGGACAAGGAGGUGGACAAGGUGGCUCAGGAGGAGCAGAUGAUUCUAACUUAUAUGAUGAUGGAGAUGAUGACCUGUACAGUUAAGACAAUCUGCAAAUUUUCUUUUAUAUUUUUUGGAAAAGUUGCAACUUAAUCAAGGUGUCACCAACUCACUGUAUUGUUACACUUCUGUUUGAUGCAAUGUUAUGUUUAAUGCUGAAAAAGGAAUAUUGUUUCAUGAAAAUGUAGUGCUUAGCUUUAAAUUUUCAAAAUGUGAUGUACUAGACACUAUGAUAUUUAAUUAAAAUUGGUUUUUAGUGCGAUGUUCCAAUGUGUGUUAAAAAUAUAAUCUUAUGAAAAAAGUAGUACUAAGCAGAUGGGGUGCUCAGAUAAACUGAUUGGGUCAAAAUUGGGGAGAGGGUAGUCACCCAUUUUAAGUCUGUAUGGCAACAGCUAAACCAGGUUCAACAUAUCCCAGUAGAUUCUGCAAAGGAAUGAAAUAUUUGACUUAUACAGGUCAAACUUGGAAAGUCAAAUAAAUUGAGUGUAUUGGAGUGUAUGUCAUACUAGUCUUUGAAUAUAACUGUUACUGAGAAGAAGAAUUACUUAGAGUUCAUGAUCACUUCCCAACUUUUCUUGAUCCAACUUCUACUUGGUGUUCGGGGAGAAGUUCAGGAGAACUCCAGAAAAGCUUACUAGAGGGUUGUACAAUUUUUUAAGUCUGACAGAAGAAACCCAGUGGAAAUUUGAAUCUGUCAGCCUUGCUCAAAUCCACCUCUAUGUCUGAGUUCAGCAUUAGUUUUCAAUAGACUACCAAGUAUGCAGGUUUGUUAUAC